AUGGAGCGGAGCGGCAGCACCGGGAGCGGCUCCGGCAUCACCGGGAUCAUCGGGAUCAUCGGGAUCACCGGGAAUACCGGGAGCGGGCGGGCAGCGCCGCCUGGCGGCCCGCGGGGGGCACUGCUGCCCGCGCUCUGCCUGCUCCUGGCGCUGCUCCCGCUGCCCCCAUCCCGGGCACUGCCCACCCCAUCCCGGGCACUGCCCACCCCAUCCCGGGCACUGCCCACCCCAUCCCGGGCACUGCUCACCCCCGCGGCGCUGAACCGCUCCAGGGAGCUGCUGGAGGCCGCCGACACCUCCCUCCAAAGGCUGAAGGAACUCGACAUCCUGGGAUUUGAAUGUACCCUUGAAGAGGUUGAUCCUGAAGAUAUCACUAAGAACCAAACAAACACAAUAAAAGCUUGCACAUCUAGAGGUCUAGAGACUGGGAACUGUCCAGCACUGGAAGGAUCAACUUUUGAUAAGAGUAAAUGCCUGCAGGGCAUCUAUGAGGAUCUGAGUGCCUACAGGGCAGAGCUCAACAACUUCCACGAUCACAAAGUGCUGGCAAGUCUUGAUGAGAUGAUGAAAGUGAGUAUUUUCUGCCUCCUCUCUCUCCUCAGAGACCUCAAAAAUCGAGUAAAUACAGAAUGCCAGGCCCUGGACAGCAGCCGGAACGUUCCGGAGCCGCCGGCGGGAGCGGGAGCGGAGUCAUUCCCGGCGAGGCUGCGGCUGUGCCGGGUGCUCCAGGCCCUCCGGAUCCGCUCCCUCACCAUCUCCAGGAUGAUGAACUUCCUGAGCUCCCCGGAGAGCUCCCUGUGAGCGGCAAAAAUCCACCCAACCUGAGGAUUCCUUGGAGAGAAAAAAAAAAGCCCAGCGGGAUCGACCCCCUGCCACGUGCUCGGGGAGGGGGGUUAAAAGGAAUUUUUAAUAGGCACAGUUUCCAUAAAUCUUUUUUUUUUUUACGGAGCUGUGCCAGUGCCUUUGGAACUGUCAGGUUAAACUUCUACAUUCCUAGGAAAUAAGCUAGAUUUUAGCACCAACUGUAAUUUAUCAUGUUUUAUUUAUUCAGCUUAUUUUUCCCCAGUUGAG